CCGGAGCCGCCCCCCUCCUCUGUCUGUCGUCUCUCUCGCGGUUUCUCCUCUCCCCCCAUGGCCUCCGCCGAAAUCCCCAACGCCGACACAGCGGACCCCAACCCUAACCCCAGCCCCAACCCCGCCGCCCGUUCGCCGUCACCUCCGCUCCCGCCGCGCAAGCGCCGCCUCUCCCUCUCCCCUUCACGCCCCCCCUCCCCCAGCCGCUCCGUCUCUCGCUCCCGCUCCCCCCGCGACCGCCGGAGCCGCAGUCGGAGCCGGAGCCGGAGCCGGAGCCGUAGCCGCAGCCGCAGCCGCAGCCGGAGCCGGAGCCGUAGUCCGCACCAACCCGAUGGCAAGCGGCGGCGGCAAAACGACCUCACCGUCGAGGCCUGCCGCGACUACCUGCGCGACAGGUGCACCCGCUCCGACCUCGAGUGCAAGUAUGCGCACCCGCACCAGUCCGUUUCUGUCGACCGGGACAACAAGGUGACGGCGUGCGCGGAUUCGCUGAGGAACAACUGCUUCCGGGGCAGAACCUGCCGCUACUACCACCCGCCUCCUCAUAUACAGGAGUCGUUGCUGAGAUCAAUUGGUAUUGACGUCCCAACAGUGAAGACGGUUUGCAGAGAUUUUGCACGUGGGCGAUGUUCAAGAUCAGCAAAUGAGUGCCGCUUCUUGCAUCAUUCAUCUGUUCAAGAGUGUGCAAUUGUUUGCCAAGAUUUCUUGCGUGGGAGGUGUGACCGUAUAUCAUGUAGGUACACUCAUGUUAUAGCACAACCAAUGCUACCCCCACCAAUGAGGGAUGUUCCCAUGCAAAUGCCAUACCCUGAGAUGGUUUACAUGCCACCACCACCGCCGCCACUUGGAAUACCUAUGAUGGCUCCUCCUCUCUCGCCUCCUAGAGGUUUUGCUGAUAAUAAGAACACAGUGGAAGUUUGCAGGGAUUACUUGAAGAAUAUGUGCAAUAGAGAAUCAUGUAGAUUUGCACACCCUGAUUCACAGUCUGAGGUGGCACAUGACAAGGUUGAAGUUUGCCGUGAUUUUAAACGAGGAGAAUGCACUCGACCUACAUGCCGCUUUUACCACCCAUCCUCAAGUUGAAGUUCUGUUAGAUAAAGUAAAGUAACUUAAAUCCAGUGAUUAUUUUUUCCUUCUCCAAAUCCGUAAUCAGACUAGUAAUAUAUGGCUGCUGAAUAUACAUAACACAAGAGGUCAUAUACCCCAGGAUAAUUUAUCUCUAGUAGUUAAUCUAUAACAUUAAUUCCUUUUGGAUUUGUCCAUUCAAAAUAGCUGGAGCAAUGCUAACUUUUUUUAGGAUUGCCAAAAAUUUCCUGUUAAAUGUUCAUGUCAUACGAAUAAUCAAAUGUGUGCCUAGAGAGGCACCAUUUGAUACAUUUAUAUGUCCAUGUAACUUAGGGGUGGCCAUGUUAGAAAUGUUUUGUUCUAUAAUAAGAUUGCAAUUUUUGUCCA